UUGGAGAGCAGCAGCAGAAGAACAAACAUGGGCAAUAUUGCUUAGCCUAGAAAUGGCAAAGUAUCAAUAAUUAUUAUUAUGUCUAAGUUCAUAAGUUAAUGUACAUUUUUUUGUUAUUGUGUAUUAUAAAGCCCUGAAGCAUCUUACGAACAAGAAUCACCAUGGGUGUUCCAAAGUUCUUUCGUUAUAUUAGUGAAAGAUAUCCGUGUCUUAGUGAAGUAGUAAGGGAGUACCAGCUUCCUGAGUUUGACAACUUGUAUUUGGACAUGAAUGGAAUUAUUCAUAUUUGUUCUCAUCCCAAUGAUGCUGAUCCGCACUUUAGAAUUACAGAAGAGAAGAUUUUCAGAGAUAUAUUUCAUUAUAUAGAGACUUUGUUCAGAAUGAUCCAACCGCAAAAGCUAUUCUUUAUGGCCGUUGAUGGAGUCGCUCCUCGUGCAAAAAUGAACCAGCAACGUGGACGGAGGUUCCGAUCAGCUAAGGACGCAGAAAUGGCUGAAGCGAGGGCAAGAGAGAAAGGCGAGGUGCUGCCCUCGGCGGAGAGAUUCGACUCUAACUGUAUCACUCCUGGGACGGAGUUUAUGACUAGGCUACAGGCUCAGCUUAAGUACUUUGUCACUCUGAAGAUGAGCAGUGAUAAACUGUGGCAGAAGGCCAAGGUCAUCCUAUCUGGACAUGAGGUGCCAGGAGAAGGGGAACAUAAGAUCAUGGAGUACAUUCGCUACAUGAAGUCCCAGCCAGAUUAUGACCCCAACACUCGUCACUGUCUGUACGGGUUGGACGCUGAUCUGAUCAUGCUAGGGCUGUGUACACACGAGCCUCACUUCUCUCUGCUGCGGGAGGAGGUUAAGUAUGGGAAGAAAAACAAUCAGAAGAGAAUUCCGACUCCGGAAGAAACAACUUUUUUCCUUCUUCAUCUCUCUCUUAUGAGAGAAUAUCUUGACUUGGAAUUUCAAGCAUUGAAAACAGCACUCCCCUUCCCCUAUGACUUAGAGCACAUAAUUGAUGACUGGGUGCUGAUGGGGUUCCUUGUAGGUAAUGACUUCAUCCCUCAUCUGCCAGAUCUACAUAUCAACAAGGGUGCUCUCCCCAUCCUGUAUAGGACUUAUAUAGAAGUGCUGCCUACACUAGGAGGUUAUAUCAACGAGGGAGGUCACCUGAGGCUCGAAAGGUUUCAGAAGUACAUGGAGAAGUUGGCUGCGUUUGAUUUUGAGCAGUUCAAGGAGAUUAAUGCGGACCUGAAAUACUUGGAAAGCAAGACUGGCCGCAAAUCCGGCCGUCACAGUAAUGAAGAGGAAGAGGAAGAACUGCCUUCACCACCAAAGAACAAAGAUUUGGCUGCUCUAAUAGCUUCUACUGCUGAGUAUCUGGAAGGCUCAGAAGAUGAUGAGGAGGGCGAUAGUGAUGAUGAAGAAGGAACUUCAUUUACUGAGUUCUGUGCUCACAAGAACAACUAUUACAGGGAGAAACUUGAAUAUGACAAUGUCACUCCGGAGGUUCUACGAGACCAAGCAGAAGGCUAUGUGCGGGCUAUCCAGUGGAAUCUGAACUACUACUACAAUGGAUGCUGCUCGUGGUCAUGGUUCUACCCCCACCAUUACGCUCCGUAUAUAUCCGACAUUCGUAACUUCUCAGAACUCAAGUUGGAGUACGAUCUGGGUCAACCAUUUCUGCCCUUCCAGCAACUUUUAGCUGUUCUUCCAGCUGCUAGUAAGAAGCUGCUGCCAGAACCCUACCAUGAUCUAAUGGAGGAUGACAAAUCUCCCAUCAUAGACUUCUACCCAAAAGAUUUUAGGACGGAUCUCAAUGGAAAGAAACAGGAUUGGGAGGCUUUGGUUCUGAUCCCGUUCAUUGAACAGAAAAGUUUAUUAAAUGCCAUGGAGACUAAGGAAAAUCAAUUAUCGGAAGAGGAGCAGACUCGGAACAAACAUGGGCCAAUGCAAAUCUACACUUACACGCCUGAGAGAUUAGGUGCUUACAUCUCCCCAGCCUACUUCCCUGCCCUGGUAAACAACCAUGCCAAGGAGGAGAACGUCUACAGAGAACAGCUGUUUGUGGAGGAGUGUCGUCUGAUCAAGGGAUUGUGUCCCAACGUCAAACUGGAUGUUUACUUUGUCGGAUUUCCAACACUCAAGCACAUUCCAUUCACGGCUAAACUGAAAAAAGCUAAGGUAAAGGUGUUUGAGUCGCCCAGUCAAGGGGACAACAUGAUACUGCACAUCACUCCAGAAGAACCCCCGGAUGUGGCUGAUGUUGCUAGUCAGCUGCUGGGGAACAAUAUCUACGUCAACUGGCCACACAUGUUUGAAGCCAAAGUGGUUGCGGUGGCAAGUAGUAAGACACGUUACAUACUGAAACCCGAGGACAACUCUAUCCAGAGUGAGGAGAUGAACACAAAGCUGGCCUCCCAGUGGAGCAUGACCAAACAGGGAAUUGAGGAUAGGUAUAUGGACAGGAUGGGGAUUGAUAUUGGACCAACGGAAGUUCUGGUUUACGCAUGCACACUGGAGGACAGGAAGUGUGUUUUGGACGAUAACGGCACAAUACACACUGAGAAACAAUUUGGCAAGCUCCCUGUUGCUUAUGCCCUGCAGACGACGAGAGCCAACCUCUCUGUUCAGGAAUCACCUGUCCCUGACAACCUCACCUUGGAGAAGAUGUUCCCUGUAGAAUCAGUGGUAUUCUCACUCUCCCAUUUCUGCUACGGAUUCAAAGCUACUGUGGAGCAAGUGGUUGAUAAUGUCCGGGUGAAAGUAACCACCUCCCCAGAACCAAAAGUAAGCUUGGUUUCUAUCAAACAAAACCAGGAGGCCAUCAGUCCUCAUUUAAUGAGCGCCCAAGAGAUCAGCAGGUUUGUGGGGCUGUCUAACCAUAUUGUGUCUCGUAUCACCGGCACAAUCUUCAUCCUGGCCGCCGAGCAGCAGCAGGAAACAGACAGGAAACCUUUCAAGCUCAAUAUUGGUCUAAACCUCAAGUUCAACAGGAGAAAUGAGGAGGUAUACGGAUAUACCAAAAGAGAUAAGAACGGUUACUGGUAUUACUCUACUAAGACUAUGCAGGAAAUACUAGACUACAAAGAAAAGUUUCCUGAGGUGUUUGCUUACCUUACGAAAUAUCCAGGAUUUGAUGAUGUUCACGCAAAUCAGCUUUACCCUGAGAAUACGGUGGAGAAGUUGGCAGAGCUGGCAACUUGGCUGAAGGAGAGAGGCUCAUGCUCAGCAGAGAGGCAGAGUUGUGGUGCUGAGGUGUUGGAUGAGGCGGUGGUUGCUGCUAUUGAGAAGUACAUUGAUAAUAUGGAUCCUGACCUUUGUGUAAAGGCUGUCACAUUCGAUGCCAAACCAUCUUCCUUAUACAUACCAAAGCCCAAGCUAGGCCAGGCUCCAGACCCGAGAGCUUCUCAUCGUCUGUAUGACAGAGUAGUCAACAUAAGAGAGAGUCACACGGUACCAUUGGGCGCUAGAGGUACCAUCAUUGGUAUUCAUGAUGCAGACAAAGGCCCGCAGGCUAUGUAUGACAUUGUGUUUGAUAAACCAUUCACUGGAGGACUCAAGCUGAGGUGUUCGCCUCACCGAGGCUACAGACUACCUGCACAGGCGUUCAUCAACUGUACUUAUGGACUAGUCAGCGAGAUUGCCCGCUCUGGCAAGACUGUCACCUCUACAGAGUCUAAUGAAGAAGCAGCCGGAGGCGUCAGUAACAACAACAACAACGGCCACAGCUCGGCUUUUGCAUCAUGGAGGAACAAACCGAACAGUGACAUUGGUGGUUCACCCAACAAGAACGGAAUGGUGAAACAGAGGCCAAGAGGAGGAGGUGGUGAUACAGAUAACCGCAGUCCAAGACACCAAUACAACCUGCAGCAGCUGCAGAGUUCCGGGGCUGCGGAACUCAACCUGCGGCCAGAGAAAGCUGGCACUCCAAAGAGCCUGCCUCAGGCCCCCGCCCCGCCACAACAACACCCUGGUCUCAACCAGUUGUCCAAUGAAUUCUUAGCAAUGUUCAAACAGCUACAGAAAGCUGGUAACAACUCAAGCCAACCUAAGCCAGCCGUAAAUGCUCAGGAUUCAUCAGAAGCUCUGAAGAAAAUGUUAAGAAUAGUUGAUGAUACAUCUUCUAUACCCACAACUGCUCAACAGCCACCAAACCAACACCAACAACCUACCAGGUCUUCUCAUCAGCAACAGUCUGUCAUGCCUGUACAUCCUCAACAUCAGCCAGCCAUGCCUUUACAUGCACAACAUCAGCCAGCGAUGCCUUUACAUGCACAACAUCAGUCAACAAUGCCUUUACAUCCGCAGCAGCAGCGUCAGCCUACGAGCUACGUCAAAAGUCUUAUGUCCCUUCAUCAGACGCGAGGCGUGAGGUUACCGCAGUAUCAUUAUUUAGAUUUGGCAGAUGGAACCAUAACAUGUACUGUGGUUUGUGGUAAUGGAAAGGAGUUCAAAGGUCAGCCCGCUUACACCAGUGAACAGGCGGCUGAGAACGCAGCUGUGAUAGCGCUGCAGAGCUUGGUGGUGGAGGAGAGUUAUGCACCCAGUCAGAACAUGUUGCCUGGCCGGAUGAUGCUAGCCAUGGACCCCAGCGGCCGUGGACCAAAGCGGUAUAUCCCACCCAACAACAGGAUGGCAGGAGGAUGGACACAGGAACCCCCUACGGUUACUUUACCACAGCCUCCAGUCAAAUGGUAUCAGAACAAGUCCUUCCAACCAGAAUGGCAGUCCAAGCCCAAUGGACUUUUCCAACUUCCUACGUUUAGUCAUCGCUUCCCAGGUCAAAAUCACCACAGCCCGCUGCCUCCUUUCCCUCAGGCUGGAGUGAGGCCUCCAUUCAUCCCACUGCAAGCACUGUCUAGAACCCGGCAACAACCUCAGCCAGCCCCUCCACCUCAGCAACCCCCCGCCAACAAUCAGGAGCCCCGCCAAGUCAGACAGCAUCAACCUCCUGCUAAGAAGGAGAAUCAAGGUCAGAGAGAGUCUAAGCCUGCGUCUUCUGGGCGGAACUCGACACGACCUCCACGCUCUCGUCUCGCUGCCAACUUCUCAAAGCCACUCAAGUUUGACUCGCCGUCAGAGAGUUCACAAGAUACUUAGUAGAAUUCUCAAGGUUGAACAACAAAGAGCAUUAACCUGGACCAUGUAAAAAAAUAAAUGAAGAAUUUUUAAUACUAAGACAACUGCUGGCUGUGAUUGUUUUAUUCUGAUGUACAGAUGACUUUAAUUUUCAGCCAGCCCCUAGAAGUAGAUUUUAUCUGUAAGUCUUGUUAUUUAAAAAAAAAUAUGAUCUAUGCAUCGUAAUGUACAAGGAAGUGAACAUAAUUCUAUUUAAAAUAAAUUUUGUUUAUAAGUUGUUUUAGUGAA